CAGUACAUUCCCAGCUCUUACCGCAGUUUUUUUUUUCCGACACACACACACACUUACUUUCUCUGCUCAACAAGCUGGCAGUAUGAGGCAGCGAACAGUGGUGAUGUACGUGGAGAUCGGUUGCUUUGUGUCCUGUCUGUGCGGCUGGGUUUUGAAUUGUUCCACUCUGGCCACUGAGUACUGGAUCGUCUCAGAAAGUGCGUCUGUGGUUCUCGCCGCCGGUGAUUACUAUUCCAACCUCUGGAUGGACUGUGUCGCAGACACCGCAGGAGUAUCUGACUGUAAAUAUUACCCCUCCAUGCUGGACCUGCCUGUUUUUCUCCAUGUAUGCAGGGCCCUGGCUGUCGUCUCUGUGAUCUUUGGGUUCUGGGGGGCUGUUCUUGCCCUCAUUGGGAUGAAAUGUACCAAAAUCGGAGGCUCUGAGCUCGUCAAUGCCAGAAUUACAUUCGCAGCAGCGUUGACAUACAUGGCAUCUGGGUUCAGCGGUAUGAUAGUGUACUCCUGGUGGGGAGAUAAAACACGCUCAGAAUUUGUGGAUCCAUAUUUCUUAGAAUUAAAGUUUGAGCUCGGGGCAGCUCUUUUCAUCGGUUGGGGAGGUUCGUGUCUGCUUAUAUGUGGGAGUGCAGUCUUGGGCUAUUUCUCUGGGAGAGAGUCAUUCCCCAAAAGGUUUAAUAAGCAACCCAGAAGACCUCCAACCUACAUGACAGCUCGUACCAGACGGACAUACAUGUUGCCAGGCUCAUCCAGACACACAACAGUCAUUAUUCCUGCUUCACACCAAUCAUACAUUGAAAGCAGAGCAAGCAGAGUAAGUGGAGUGAGGAGAGGAACACAAGAAAGCCAGUCUUCAAGGUCUGUCAGACCCAUCCUGCCCCCUAUUGACUCAGCUGUGUAACCCAACGUUUAAAGAAACGGUAUCACAACAUAAUGCAACAGGGCUCAAUUUAGUAGCCCUGGUAGAAUUUUAUUUUACAGCAUGUAUUAAUGCAGGUUAAUUUUUAAAAUAUACUUUUCAUUGUUAAAUCAUGUUCUUUCCUAAUGCAUUAACUGAUGUUAAUUUAUAUAUCUUAAAUGCUGUCUAUCUUGCAUGUUAAAAUGUCAAAUAAGCAGUCUUGUAAA